AUGGCCGACCCUCUUCUCGACAUUCUCCAACGUCAUCUUCCUUCCGCAUCAUCUCCCUCCGCAGAAACUUCAAAGUAUCUCUCGCGCCUUGUCUCUCUUCGCCUCGGGGACCUGACCACAACCGAACCGCAAUCUCUUGCCCAGUCCAGUCAGUCAAACCUGGUCUCUAUCCAAGCAUUGAGUUCUCGCUCGCACCGCACAACCACCACUUCAUCUGACCACCUCUCCACGCUCCGCUCCUCACUCCCACUUCUAUCAACAUCCGUCGAGGCGAUUAAAGGGGCGAUUCCGGACUUAGAUGCCAGUGCGGUCAGCUUUGCCUCCUCAUAUAACAGAUCCAAAGACGAAAAUACGGGUGGAAAUGCCCUUCUCAAUGCACGACGGGAGUCAGCUCUCCUCGCUCGCCAAGCAGACAAAGCACAAGAUAUCCUCGAACUCCCUUCGCUCCUCUCAGCCGCCAUCGCCUCCGCGAAUCACACCGGCAACUCCUCCACCCCCUCCGUGUCAGGCGUAAACUACACCCAAGCUCUCGAUCUCUUCGCCCAUAUCAAACGCCUCCAAAUUCUCUAUCCAGACUCUCAACUCGUCCGUUCCAUCCUUGCUGACGCUGAAAUCGCCAUGAGAGACAUGACAACGAACCUCAUCGCGAGUCUGAGGAGUCCAAAUAUUCGUCUAGCAGCCGCCAUUCGCAUGAUAGGCUGGUUACGACGAGUGGCGCCCGACCUGGGUCCGCCUACCCCAUCAACACUACCAUCACCAUUUGGGCUCUCAACGACAAAGAACCCUCCCUCUCCAGGGGAAGGUCACUUCGGCGCCCUCUUCCUGUGCGCCAGGCUCUGCACGUUUCUCACCAUGACCGAAGCACUGUCCCCUCUCCGCGAUCUCGCCGACCAAGAAACUCAAGCCCGACAAUCACAGGCACACGAAACCGAUUCUAAGCAGUCAUCCACUCGCAAACCCUCCAGCAGCGCCACAGGAUAUAACCCCCUACAAGGGCAACAAACAGAACGGUAUCUGAAACGAUACAUCGAAAUCUUCCGCGAACAAUCCUUCGCCACCAUCAGCAUGUACCGGAACAUUUUCCCCGAUGACGACUCGGACGCUCUUGCUCACUUACCCGGAACCCAGCUCUUAGAUCCUCCACCGGCCAAGUCUCCAUCUCCACUGUCGCUGAACCUCUCCCUCCCACCAGCUCUACAAACUUUCCCCCUCCAUCUAGUUGACCUCUUCAUGUCGACGCUGAAAGAAUACUUACCCAACGUCACCGACCCGGCCGCGCGCGAGAGUCUACUCAUGCAAGUCCUCUACGCGGCCAACAGUCUGGGACGACUUGGCGCGGACUUCAGCCUGAUGAUUGCACUGUUGGACCAAGAUGAAUGGGACGCGGAGGGCGACGCCGCCGUAGACGCCAAUGUCGACACGGAUCGGACGCAAGCAGAAAAGGUAGAUGGCGGCGAAACGAAUGGAAAGCCAACGGCUGAAGAAGAAGCCGAAGGUGGAGAGCAGAAACAACAAGUACCCGAGCCCGAAUGGGUGGCCGUUAUCAAGAAACAUCGCAUUCAGGCCGCGAGGUUAGAGGCGUUGGCUGCAGGUCAGGACCGACUCGUGCAGAGACGCGAGUCAAGUGAUAUUGCGGUGCGAUAA